CAAUCAGUUGGCUGGCGUGUACGAGUUCCCCCACUCCGUAAAUCGUAAUAACAGAUGCAAAUUGAACGCAGCACGGCUCACCGAUGUGUGGUUUUAAUCAUCGCUGCUGCAAUAUUUCACGUUUGAAUCGUUUCCGACCGACUCAACAUUGUUUAUUUUUAUUCCCAUCCUAAAUCCAGUUAUGGACAUUUUUUAUUAAAAUCAUCCAACCCGAUGUUUAUACAACAAAUCUUGUUUCCCGGUUAUAGAACUCUCCGCACGUGCACGCCAUCGUGUUUUUACGUAAGCGCGAGUCCGGCGCGGUGUGUCAGCUGCGUUGAGGAUGACGCGCAAACUCGGUGCGGAUCUAAUAUUCAGCUGUGUCACUUUAUUGUUGCGGAGGAAUCCUCCGUGUCGCGCGUCUCUUCUGUCCGCGGGUCAACGAAGCGUCUCUGUCCGGAAAUCGACGAGCGACACGACGAACAUGGACCUGAGCGACAUGAGGAAGAAAUACAAAGGAGACGAGGAGAGCUUUGAAGAGAAUCAGCUGGUGUCCCUGGACCCGGUCAAGCAGUUUGGAAACUGGUUCGAUGAGGCCAUGAAGUGCCCUGAGAUCGGAGAGGCCAACGCCAUGUGCAUCGCCACCGCCACCAAGGACGGACGUCCGUCUGCUCGCAUGGUCCUGCUGAAAGGCUACAGCGACGAGGGGUUCCGCUUCUUCAGCAACUACGAGAGCAGGAAGGGAUCUGAGCUGGAGAGUAAUCCACACGCCUGUCUGGUGUUCUACUGGGAACCCAUAAACAGACAGAUCCGCAUUGAGGGCACCGUGGAGCGGAUCCCCUACCAGAGCUCCUGUGAAUACUUCCACUCGCGACCCAAGAGCAGCCAGAUCGGGGCUGUCGUGAGUCGACAGAGUUCUCCCGUUCCUAACCGAGACUACCUGAGGCAGAAAAAUGCCGAACUGGAGGAGAAGUACAAGGACACUGAGGUGCCGAUGCCCGACUACUGGGGCGGCUACAUCGUCAAGCCUCACCUGAUCGAGUUCUGGCAGGGUCAGACCAACCGACUCCACGACCGCAUCGUCUUCACCAAACCCCAGGACGGGGAGUCUGAGCCGGGGGAGUUCCAGCACACUGCGGAGGGAGGCUGGGUGUUCCAGCGGCUGUCUCCGUGACGGGUUCCUCGACGAACCGUCGGAAGCACAGAAACUCCAUCCGUACUAUCACGCCAUCUUUACCUCACUUUGAAAUAACUGCUCGUCUUUACAGUCGUUACCGAUGGAAACCAUUAGAUGUUGAUUUUAAUAGGUGCUGCUGUGUGUAGGAUUUAUCAACAAGCCAAAACGUCUUUGUGUCGUCUUUAAAUCUAACCAUGAGAAGUUUUCUUCAUGCCUUUAUUGUUGUGACACAACCUGAGUGAAUUGUACAUGAAUUGGAAAAUGAUGUGACGAACAGAAAGGGCACCGACUGACUCAGGAGAGCAAACUCCACUCGCCUCUGUGAAAUAAUGAUCGACAGUAAUGUUGGUUAUGCAAUGGUGUUGACGCCGUCGACCUUUACGACCAGGAAACUGUCAUUUUUCUAAAAGUAUAAUCUAUGGCAAUGACCCUCAAUCAUACAAUCGUUGUCUGUCGAUGCAAAUUUCCCUUUUCCCCUUUUUUUCAAUGUGGAAACACUUUAUUUUAAAGAUUUUUAAUUUCCUAAAAAUCCCCAAGAACGUUUACCAGAAGGUCAGUUUGUACGUUUGUGCUAACUGCACAAUAAAAAGCAGUUUCCACGUUAUUAGGGUCACCUGUACAAUCUAAUACAAUUCAAUGUAACACUUCACUGCUAUAAAGGCAAAUUUCCUAAUGCUUAUUGUCAUAUAGGUUUUUUGACAAUGUCACAAAGUUUGUAAUGUCGCUGUACUGGACUUCAGUGUAUUCAGAGGUGUUUCUAAUACUGUGUCUCACUCAUAUAUGAACAUAGGACAAAAUUUCUUAAAACACCUCUUGAACAUUAAAGACUUUGUAAAGAUCGAUUAAUGGCCGAGAUAUUGUCUUGCAUUGCAAUAGAAUUCAGAGGUGUACCUAAUAAAGUGGCCACUCAAAGUCUUGGAGGUGAAAAGAACGACUGAAUUUUCCUUUCACAGUAUUUUGAGGUGUUGCGUUCGUUUCCAGGAUCUUUCCAAUGAAUCAAGUUGGAUUUCAGAGAAAUUAAAGGAAACUAUGUGAGCCCCUCCCCUCUAAAAUAAUGUUUCCAAAUAAUUCUCAUUGAGUGAAGUGAUUGUGACAGUUUAUGAUUUAUAAUAAUGAGAUUAAAAGAGCUGACGGUGUCGUUUGUGCCAAUCAUCACGUGUUUUACGUUUGUCCUGUUCUUUUAAUAAACUGUGGACUACAGCCAUUAAUAAAGUUUAAUUUCUAA